AUGUCGGGUUUCGAAAUCGUUGGUGCCGUAGCGGCUGCCGGCCAAUUCAUCGAACAAUCCACCAAGGUCAUCGGACUGAUCAAGGCAAUCAUCGACCAAGUCAGGGGCGCGCCAGCCGAAAUAGCGCAACUGACCGAAGAAAUCGAAGCGCUCCAACAAAUUGCCAUCGAUAUUAAAGCUUCUAAAGGUCCUCAUUCGCGAACUACUGACAAGGUCCUUCGACGGUGCGAGGAUCACGUCAAGGCUCUACGCAAAAUCCUUGAAAAGAUCUCCUGCGACCUCGAUGCUGGUAUUUUGAAGAAAACAUGGCAAGCCGUUCGAGGAGUGUACUCAGAAGACGGCAUUCGUGCUAUUCUAGACAAGAUAGAACGGGAGAAAACGCUCCUGAUAGCUGAUAUAUCUGCGAGAAAUGGAUCAAGCCUGCACUCCUAUGGGAAGAAACUGGAUUCCAUCGAAUCCGAUCUUCAAAUUGUCGCACGCAGUCUUGAAUGUCUUCCCACUAAUCGGAACCAGUCGCCAGACGCAGACAAGUGCCGGCGCGAUUUGUUUCUGACAGACCCCAGGACACAUCGCGAGAGACUGAAAAGAGAAAAGGGUAGCGUCAUUGUCGAACGCCUCGAACGUGACGCUCAAGCACGAGACACCCCAUCUCUGGUGCUUUACUUCUUCUGCGAUAACCGUGACAACGAGCGCAAUGGAGCCAUCCAAAUGCUCCGAGGCCUUCUGUACCACCUCGUCGAGCUUCGCCCAGGGCUUAUCAAGCACAUGCUUUCAGCGCAUAAGGUUCAGGGCAAGCGACUCUUUGAUGGCGAUAUUGACAAGAUUUGGGACGUUUUUUUACAGACAAUCGAUGACCCUGAUGUUCCACCCGUGACCUGUGUUAUGGACGGACUUGACGAAUGUGACGAAUCAUCUCUGACGUCCCUGCUCCUCAAAAUAGAAAGCCUGGCACCUACCGACAAACUGAAGGUUCUCGUUCUCAGCCGCGAACAUCCGAAAUGUAUCAGAGAAUCUCUAGCAUCACGACCUCAAAUAAAACUCGACGCAGCCUUGGAGAGCGUGAGCGAUGGUUUAGAGCUUUACAUCAACACCAGAGUGGCUGAGCUCGCAGAAUCGUCUCCACACUACCCUCAAUCGCUCAUUGAACGCAUUCGAAAAUCUCUAAUUACAGGUUCAGGGGGAGUUUCCCUGUGGGUUAGCUUCAUGAUACAGGACCUGCGUGGUAAAGAACCGAGCGAGGUUGUCGAUUGUCUCAACGACCUCCCUGAAGGUCUAUAUGAGAUAUAUGAGCGUAUUCUAAAUCAAAUCAAACCAAGACAUCGGAAUCAAGUCAAAGCACUGCUGACGUGGGUAGUGUUCGCUGAAUGGCCACUCAGCUUGGAGGAGCUCGUCGAGGCGUUGGCCGUCGAGGAAACGAACGGGCUGAAUCCGUCGCAAAUAGUCCGCGACUACGUUCGGUUCUGCGGUCAUCUCCUGACGGUAUCCGAAACGGGGAGAGUGGUUAGAUUUGUGCACCAGAGCGCCAAAGACUAUCUCGUCCAAGCCCGAAAACCGCCAAACCUUUCAUGGACGCCAGUCUUCGAUGCAGAUACCGGCCACUCCACCCUGGCGAUCAGAUGUAUCGAGUGCAUGCACCAACGAUUUAAGUUUAGCGAUGUGCCGUGGAAAGACGACUACCGAGGUCGUCUCUUGUCAGGAUCAGAAACGGGAAGACUCGAUGGAUCGGGUGCAUUAAUACCAUAUGCAAAGAACUUUUGGGAUUUUCACUUCAAGGCUUCAGGACAUAAGGCUCGGGAAGUCCUCGAGCGCCACAGCUCCUUCUUUAAGGGCUCGGAGCUCUUGUAUCACCAGCUCCAUACCGAGUUCCCCAUGGAUCGCCCAGGCUUGGUUUUCGUGGAUUCUGAGAAUAUCGUCGAUCUGCCGGCAUUCCAUAUCGCUUGCGGCCUGGGUUUGCAUGCCUGGGCCGAGUACAUUCUCGAAAAUCACAAACCUGCGUUGAGACUCUCUCGCUUUGCAAAUGUUGCCGUCUCCGUUAGGGAGAACAGGAAGUGGACCCGCUUAACUUCGCUGUUUGUAGUGGCUGUUACACAACAACUAAGCUGCUCAUUAGGCACGGUGCAGAUGUGA